GUGCAUUUCUAGAAAGUUUGACCCAGUAAGGCAUCUGUAGGAGGAGCAUGUGACCAGCUAACCCGGAAGUCAGACUGUUCGUGUGGAGGAGUUUAGCUGGACGAGACAAACGAAGUGAAUAGCUGGAUGGUGUGCCUGAAGUUUAUAGGUUUCUAAAUAACUUGCCCUUUAGAGUGGUGUCAACAUGGAAGUCAGCCACUCUGUGAAGGAGAGGACCAUUUCAGAAAACAGCCUGAUCGUACUUCUUCAGGGACUUCAUGGUCGCGUCACUACCGUUGAGCUCCGGGAUGAAAGCUCAGCUACUGGCACCAUUACUAAUGUAGAUGCCUUCAUGAACAUUCGCCUGGCAAAGGUCACUUACAGAGACCGCCGAGAGCGAGAGACAGAGCUGGAUGACCUUUUCAUUACAGGACGCAAUGUCCGUUACGUGCAUAUUCCCGAAGAGGUGGAUGUAAUCACCACAAUUGAAAAACAACUGCAGAAAAUUCAAACAGUCCGCGGAUUUGGUGGAACAGGAAGGAAAGAGUUUGCUAGAAGAAAGCCCAAGUGAAAUAAAAAGACUGUAUGCCCAGGGCUCCUUUAGACACUAUGGACAUGCAGUAGCUGCCAUUGAACUGACAUGCAAGAUAGGACGAACAAAGUCUACUUUGCAAAAUAUGCAACAUAUUUUCUUACCAACAUUAUGUUACUCUUUAUAAAGUAUAAUCGAAAUAAGUUAAUGCGGGUUUGGAUUCAUUCUCACUUUUUUUUUUGAUUACAGUACGAUUGCAAUAUUUUCUGUUAGCAGGGAUAUAUAUUUCUUAUGCAUAAUUUUCUGACUGUAAUUUGAUUUUCCUUUUUAAAUUUGGUUUGCAUUUCAA